AUGAACAGAUGUUCGGCUUUUGAAAUAUUGCCGGAUGAAAUCUUAUUAAACAUCUAUGAAUAUCUUCACCAUAUCGAUAUUGUUUAUUCGUUUUUCAAUCUCAAUACUCGUCUCAAUAGGAUCAUAAACGAGUUUUGUGAUAAUUUCAAUCUCAAUACAGCGACAUAUAAACAAUUCAAAUAUAUUUUAUCGAAUAUCGGUUCAAAUAUCCGGUCGAUGGUAAUCAAUGGAAAUUGGUUAAGUUUUCUAGCAAAUGAAAUUCACUCGGUAAAAUUCGAUUCAAAUUUAUCAUUAAUAUUUCCAAAUCUACACACAUUAACAUUGGAAUAUUUUACCGGUGAACAACUAUGUACAUAUCUCGAAAAGUUACAAACUCCGAAACUUGUUAAACUUAAUAUAAAAUGUCUUCUGGAACAACGACAAGACGAAAUACUUGAACAAAUUUUGUCUCGCAAUCAGCAACUGAAAUUCAUAAGAUUUGAUCAAGAUUCAAUUUUCUUAUCUUUGCGUAUAACCAAUACAACAUUAUUCUAUGGAAAUAUUCAAGAAUUGAUCGUUAAUUUAAUUGAUCAUGAGAUGUUAGCAGAUCUAUUCACACUUUUACCAAAUCUAUGUCGCCUACAUAUCAAUACUGGACAAUCACCAUUUGUAUCAACAGAAAAUUUAGCGAAUAUCUCACCAUUGGCUCAUUUAAAUGAUUUUAAACUAUGUUCGAUUGGAAUGUCUUGGGGAUUCGAAGAAAUCACUGAUAUUUUAUGUAAAAUGCCAUCAUUACAAAAAUUAACGUUGCUUUUAAGUACAACCGAUCAUCGUCUCGUGAAUAAAAAAAAUCUCUCAGUAAUUCUUCCUUCGUCAACAAUACAGAUUAAUUUCUUCAUUUUAUAUUAUUUUUCCGAAUCAUCUGGUGAUCUCGAUGCUUCACUUGAUACCUGGCCAUUACGUCAAAUUUCAAGCACACGAUUUACGAUAAGAUCUGAUCGAUACGCUCUUGCUCAUACAGUUCCAUUCAAUAUAAAUUCAAUGAUUUUGCCUUCAAUAAUUGCUGAAAAUAUAUUACCCGUUUGGAAAUACAUGGGAAGUGUUAAAAAUCUAAUUGUUGAUCGAACAUUACCGUCUAAUAACAUACUGAUGAUUGUGCAACAUUUACAUGGAAUUCAAGCACUCACAAUAGAAGCUACUGCUUCACAAUCAAUUCAAUCAGUUGUUUUACACUUACCUCACUUAAAAUGGCUGAAAAUUACCGGCCCAUGUGAAUUAUUUCCGAUACUCAAAGCGGCUCCUAAUCUUAAUGAUUUAUCAAUCGAUUUCGACGGCUUCAAUAGAUUAAUUAACAAUGAUCUUUUAGAAACACGAAUUAAAUUUACAAAUCUUCGUCAUCUGGUUCUGAGUACAACAAAUUCGACAGAUACCAUUGACUCUCUUAUAACACAAGCUCUAGAAAGAUGCAGAGAAGAAGGACUGAUUUAUCUUUGCAUCAAAGGUUCUCUAUCACAAUAUGGAAGUCGAACUAUUCGCGGAAGGUUUGCUGAUCACAGUUAUUUAGCACAAAACGACUCAUUUCGUAUUGACCACCGCGAAAAGCGUGUUCAUUUAUGGCUUUAA